AUGCCCACGCCCGACCGUGACAGUUACACCGUUGGUUGGAUCUGCGCUAUACAGCCAGAGUAUGUCGCGGCGCAGUGCUUUUUAAACGAAAAGCAUGGGAAACCUGAGUCCGAAUCGGUGCAUAUCAAUGACAACAAUCAUUACACACUCGGAAAGAUUGAAGAGCAUAAUAUCGUUAUUGCUGUUUUACCUCAUGGAGAAUACGAUAUAUCUUCCGCUACAGCUAUCAUAAAAGACAUGCUGCAUAACUUUCCAAAUAUCAGAAUUGGCUUGAUGGUGGGCAUCGGCGGCGGCGCACCAACCUCAAAGCACGAUAUCCGUCUUAGUAAUAUCGUAGUCGGUGCUCCACGCGAUGGAAGCGGCGGCGUAAUCCAGUACGAUUUCGGGAAAACGAAUCAAAAUCAAAAUCAAAAUCAAAAUCAAGAUCAAAAUCAAGAUCAAAACCAAGAUCAAGGUCAAAAUCAAGGUCAAAAUCAAGGUCAAAGCUUCCAACACACGGGAUUCUUGAACCAGCCACCACCUAUCUUGCGAGCCGCAAUCACGGGGCUCGCGGCUCGGCACGAGAUCGAUGGCUACGAGCUUGACGAAGCUAUUAGCAAUGUUCUCGGUAGAAAACCCAAGCUACAAAAGAAAUAUAAGCAACCGGACCCGAACUACAACAGGUUAUACAAAUCCGAAGUAAUCCAUCCUUCGAAGAAAGAAAAUUGUCUAACUAUCUGUAGUGAUAAUCAGUCUAAAUUAGUUUCACGAUUCAACCGAACUGAAGAAGAAGGAUAG